AUGAGGUUCUCGUCUUUGCUCGUGGGCGUCCUGGCGACGGUUGCGUCCGCCGUGCCGCUCUUGGAGGAGCGUCAGACAACCACCUAUACGGAUUACCUCUUCGUCUACUUUGUCGGCGAGCACCUAUCCAAUGGCGAGCAGAUCUACAUGUCCGUCUCAAAUAACAACAACCCUGGCUCCUGGACCCAGGUCAAUGGCGGUCGCCCCGUUCUGACCUCCACCGUGGGCACUCGUGGUGUGCGUGACCCCAGCGUUAUCCGUAGCCAGGACGGCAGCGGCAAGACCUGGAUCAUCGCGACCGAUCUCUGGGUGCACCCCCGCGGGUGGAACGUCGGCGAUGACUACACGUCCAAUGGGUCCAAGGCCAUUGUCGUCUGGGAGACAUCCGAUAUGCGAACCUGGAGCGGCCCGUUCCUGCGCAAUGUCAGCCCUAGCAAUGCGGGCAUGACCUGGGCUCCUGAUGCUAUCUGGGACCCGGCGUCUCGGCGGUACCUCGUCCACUGGACCUGCCACCUCAAGGGCGAAGGUUGGUUCAUCAUGCGCUCUUUUACCUCCGACUUCGUCACUUUCACCCCGGCCGAGAGGUGGCUUACCGGUGCCGGCAUGGAUGCCACCGUCGCACACGACCCAUCCACCAACACCUUCUACCGCAUCAGCAAGAACGGCCCGGGCGAGCUCAUUGAGCAGGCCCGCGCCUCCGCCCUCAACGGGCCCUGGACCGUCAUCCGCAACCGCAUUGGCGAGCCUCUUCCGGCUGGCGAGGGCCCGCUCGUCUUCCGCAACAACCAGAACCCCAACAGGUGGCAUUUGCUCAUUGAUGACUAUACCCGCGGUCGCGGCUACCAGCCCUUCGAGACUACCAACAUUGGUGCCGCGAGCUGGACUCAGUCAUCCAUGACUCUUCCUCCUAGCAGCCGUCACGGCUAUGUCGUUGGCAUGAACUGCGUCCUCGGCCUCGCCACCUGCGACUCGGGCGGUACCCCUCCACCCACCACACCCCCUCCCACCACACCUCCUCCUACCACACCUCCUCCUCCUCCCUCCGGCUCUUGCUCCUCCAUGUGGGGACAAUGUGGAGGUCAGGGCUACAGCGGGCCGACUUGCUGCUCGCAGGGCACUUGCCAGGUCCAGAACCCCUGGUACUCUCAGUGUAUUUAA